AUGGGAGUAAUAUUGCAAUAGAAUGUUAUAAGUCUAGGGUUAUGCCGAAUUAUAUAAUGUUUGAUGGAGAUGGAAUAUAUGGUAAAAAAUAACUGACAGGUAAUUUUGAAAAAGGAAUAGAUAGAUCAUAAGAAUUUGAAAGUUUAAAUAAAUUUGUAAUGGAAAGAAGAAAACAAUAUGGAGGAAUAGAAUAAGAAUAAGGAAACUGAA